ACGAUAUGCGAUGCUAUGAAACUUUUAUUUGUUUUGAUCUUUAACUGACAGUAACAUUACAAUGAACAAUUUUCUUUUCUUAAAAUAACAUGGAGCGUUACCCAGGUGGGAACGAAUAAUAGACUAGAUAUAUUUUAAACCCUGUACGAUUGCUUUUUGAGAAAUUUGGAACAAAAUAUAUACAAUAUAUAUACUACAUAUUUUUCCUCUUUUUGGUCAUUAGCCUAAAUAACUUACAAUAGUUUAAUAAUUAAGGCAAUGUGCCAAACUUCACUUCUUAGGUUCAUACCCAUUAUGUAUUAUUAAGAACAGUUUUUGUUCUCAUUUGUUUAGACAACAUGGAGAAUGGUUGGUAUUUUCCAUCAUCCUUUGAAGCUUGGAAGCAGCAUGGUACUGAUGAAGUCCUUGGUAUUGAAACUGAAAUUGAAAGUGGUUUGAUAACAAAUGAUCUUCUUGUUAGCCAACCUCUUCAAUCUGAAGCAAACACUAAACCAAAGAAAAAGAAGAAACGAAGACCUCGAAGUGUUUCGUACGAAACUUUUCAUGACAAAUACUCUCUCAGCUCUCAAGUUCUUGGACGAGGUGCAAAUUCUUUGGUGUCUUUGGCAACAGACAAAGACCAAAAACAGUAUGCUGUGAAGAUUAUUGAUAAAUUUGAAGGCUAUGACAGAUGUAGAGUAUUGCGAGAAAUUGACUUACUUCAUUUCUUGGGAGAAUGUCCAAAUAUCUUGCAGUUGGUUGACUUUUAUGAGGAAGAGGACAAAUUUUAUCUUGUCUUUGAACGCAUGGAAGGUGGUCACUUGUUGAAACAUAUAGAGAGGAAAACCUAUUUCACUGAAAGAGAGGCUAGUUUGGUUGUAAAUGAUAUUGCUACUGCAUUAAAAUUUCUUCACGAUAAAGGAAUUGCUCAUCGUGAUUUAAAGCCUGAUAAUAUUUUAUGUAUUAAUGCUGACAGUAUUGUGCCAGUUGUUAUUUGUGAUUUUAAUCUUGCAAGUGGAAUAUCAAUGGUUGGUAGUGCUACAACUCCUGAACUAUAUACACCGGUUGGUUCAGCAGAAUAUAUGGCACCAGAGAUUGUCGACGCAUUUGUUGGAGAUGCACCAGCGUAUGAUAAAAGAUGCGAUCUGUGGAGUUUAGGAGUUAUUUUAUAUAUCAUGUUAAGCGGUCGGCCUCCAUUUGAAGGGGACUGUGGACGAGACUGCGAAUGGAAAGAUGGCGGAUCAUGCAGCGAGUGUCAAUCUUUACUUUGGCAUGGUAUAUUGGAUGCAGAUUAUGCCUUUCCAGAUGAAGGUUGGAUGAACGUAUCGUUGGAAGCGAAAGAUCUCAUUUCACAUUUGCUGGUGAAAGAAGCUUCGAAGAGAUAUUCGGUUGAUUCAGUUUUAUCACACCCGUGGCUUAAAAUGGCUAGUGAUAACCAGCUCAACACCCCUGACGUAUUAUCAAGUGAAUCUAUUACACACCGACUGAGUACGGUGACGUCCGAAGCUGUAGCCUAUCGCCGCAUUAUAUCUGAGCGACAAAACAGCAGCGAUGAAGAACACCACGUGAUCACAAGAUGGAGCACUCCUCCGAAAUUUGGACUUUCUCCGCCUGGAAAUUCACGACUUGCAAAAAGACGAUCGCUAAAAAAUAAACUUAACUCGUUAUCUCUAACAAAUAUUAGAACAGAAAAUAAAUCAGAUUCAGCUAACACCACCCCUAUUCAGUCCCCCAGUGUUGGUGCAAUAAUUGAACAACUAUUCGAAAAACAGUCAGAUCAAAAUGAUAAAAGUUCGGCUGCCGUACACGAAGACAUGAGGGCGGUUAUUAAAAGCCUUAAAAACGGACUAUUAUUAGACUUGUCUCCCGAAGAGAACUCGUCUCAUGGCAAUACUCCCGUUGCGACGCCCAGAAUGGUUGGUCCGUCAGAAAAUAUUUUGCCGCCCUAAAAAAGUAUGGAACGAAUAUCAUAACUUAGUAACGGUGUCUACUUUCCAACUCAACACAUCAAAACAAAGUUGACUAUUACACUCAAUACUUAUUCCAUUAUUUCCCCUGUUUGCUUUAUAACUCGUUUAACCAGAUACUUGGAUUACGACUCGCUUAACCCUCUUGAUGAAAAAACCAGUUAUACCGUUAAACCGGAAUAUUGGCGAAAUUUAAUUAUUUUAUAAAUGAUAUUACUUUUAAUUUUUCCAAAUAAUUUUUAGACAGUGAGAUUUAUAUACAUUGAGUUUAAAAACUCUGGUGUUGUUUUAGCCAAUGACUUUUAUUGGUUUUGUUGUUUAUAUAUGAAUCACUUCAUUUAUUUA